CGCCAGGCCAAUUCAGUCACAUUCAUUCUCGUUGCGAGUUCACAGUGACAACAAGUCAGUUCAGCCCAACCCAAUUUAGUCCAGUCCAAACAGAAAAUGAACAAAUUCUUCGUCCUCGCCGUUGCCGCCUUGGCCAUUGCCUGCGUUCAGGCCGAUUCCUUUGAUGCCGCUGCCGAGACGAGGGAGUACAAGAGCGAUUUAAAGGAGGACGGCAGCUAUGCCUACCAGUACCAGACCUCGAACGGCAUUGCCGGGCAGGAGUCGGGCGUGGGCGGAUACUAUGCCAGCGGAUCGAACGCCUACUACGCCCCCGAUGGCCAGCUCAUCCAGCUGACCUACUCCGCCGAUGCCAACGGCUUCCAUCCCGCCGGCGCCCAUCUGCCCACCCCUCCCCCCAUCCCGGCGGCCAUCCUCAAGUCCCUAGAGUACAUCCGCACCCAUCCGCACCAGGAAUCUCGUCAAGGCCAGGGUCGAUUCUAGACCCCAACCGGGCCACCACUUGUUGAGCGUUAUGCGAGCUAGGCUUAAGUCAUUUGAAAAUAAACACCGUUUGAGAAAAACAUACAUUUCCAUAAACAA